GUUGGGGGAGGAAAUGAACCAAGCCUUCAUCUUUUUAUCUAGACCUUGGGAGGGCCCAGUGAGAAGGAGGUUGUGUGGCCCAGAAACAAGGCCUGCUGUGAGUGGCUGCACUCCCACAGCCUUUGGCUGUGUGGUGACCCCAAAGGGCAGUGGCCUCUGCAGAAGGUGGUGUGGCCUGAUCCCUUCUCCAGUCCCAUCUGCUGCCGUGUGUGUCUACAUUGCACCUAGGACCCUGCGUUUCCUGUGCGCCUGCUCUACACCUCUGCUGAGGUGGAAACUUUGUAGAAACCUCUUCCUUAACAGACACACUCAGAAAUCCUCCUGCCGGGGAUUCAGGUCCUUGAAGGGUGGCCAGUCCCUGCUGUCCGCGCCUCCAGAGCCAGGCCCUCCUUAAAAGUCACUGCUGCUGACCUGAAGGGAACCAGCAGCCCUUCCACUCGCGGAGGAUGGAGGACUGGGACGAAGCCGACUGUGACGUUCUCGAGACAGUGGGAGGCCAGGGGACAGACCUGAGAACCAGCAGGAGCCUGAUGCAGGAGAGCCCAUCCUGGGAGCAGGGCUGCUCCACACCCAACCUGCGGCUCCUGUUGCUGGGCAAACGGGGCGCAGGAAAAAGUGCUACCGGGAACACCAUCUUGGGCAGAGCUGUGUUUGUCUCGAGGUUUGGUUCUCAGCAUGAGACCGUGAGGUGCCAGCGAGAGAGUGGGGUUGUUUUGGGGCAGCAGGUCGAGGUCAUCGACACCCCUGACAUUUUCUCUUCCCUAGCCUGUGCCGAAGCCAAGCCAGGCCUCGUGGACCAGUGCUUGGAGCUCUCGGCUCCUGGCGUCCACGCGCUGCUCCUGGUGGUGCCCGUGGGAAAUUGCACCGCCGAGGACCAGCAGACCUUCAGGGGCAUCCAGGAGGAGUUCGGGGCGGAGGCCAUCAGGCGGACCCUUAUAGUCUUCACCAGGAAGGAGGAGCUGGGCAGCGACUCCCUGCAGGAUUACAUAGAAAGCACGGAGUUUCUUAAAGCAUUGGUGGGCAGAGACCAAGGCCGGUACUGCGCCCUGGACAACAAAGCCGAUGAGGCCGAGCGGACCACCCAGGUGUCACAGCUCCUCUGCAAGGUCGAGCGUUUGGUAGAGAGUCACGGACCGUGGCAUGGGAACCUCAGAACCGACGGUCUUGGAUUUCAGGAUUGUGUGAAUGGAGCCACGUGUCAGGAGAUGGCUGGUCCACGUGAAACCCUGAGCAUUAUCUUAGUGGGAAGGAGUGGGACUGGGAAGAGUGCGACCGGGAACACGAUCUUGGGGAGGCAGGUCUUCCUCUCCCGGCUCCGACCCCAGCCAGUCACCCAGACAUGCCAGAGUGGCAGGAGGACCUUGGACGGGCAAGAUAUUGUGGUGGUGGACACCCCGCCCUUCUUGGAUGAUGUUGAGAGAGACCUACCCUGGUUAGAGGAUGAAAUCAAACGCUGUUUGUCUUUAUGUGAGGGAGGAACCAAGAUCUUUGUCCUGGUCCUCCAGCUUGGAUGGUUCAUUCAAAAGGAUGAAAUAGCGCUGUCAAACCUGGAGAGCAUCUUCGGGGAGGAAGCUAUGAAACAUGUGAUGGUGGUGUUCACGCGGGAGGAAGACCUCAAGGGCGAGAAGAUUGAAGAUUACAUUGAGAACACAGAUCACAAAGCCCUUAAGAGUCUGUUUAAAAAGUACAAGUGGCCAGUUUGUGCGUUCAAUAACAGAGGGACUGACCAAGCCCGGGAGGCCCAGGCGAAAGAUCUUUUGAAGAAAGCCAAUGACCUGAGAAAGAGUCAUGAGGGCUCAGGGUAUUCCUUGACAUGGGAAACUAUCAGCUAUCCAAUUAGAAAUGCCCAGAAAAAAUACAGUUACAAAGCAUUCAUAAAGACUUUCAGAAAUAAGGUUAAGGAAGUAGCAGAAAGGCCUGGGAUUUCUUCAUAUUAGGAACACACCCAGGCUGAAAGAGGGGUGGGUACGGUCGGACUAGUGGGAUGGCAGGAAAAUCCGUGGCUAGCAAGGCUCAAGAGACAAAUGUAUCCUACACUGGGGUCCUGUGGCUAUUUGUGGGCAAAAAUAUAGUCAGACUGGGGCAGGAACGAGUGGAUUGUAAAGAAUAAAGAGAGAACAAGGCAGAGCAAUCUCAGAGAGAGUUUGAAUUUGAUGCAGCCAAGAGAGAUGCCGCAGCCAAGGCCGAGGCCAGCUGUGGUGGCGGAUGAUAGACAGCUGCAGAUCCAUCAUGGGAUCCAGCAUAGAGCAGCGUGAUGCCCAGCACAUGCCGGGCACGGCUGGUUUGGAAGAGGACUCCAGUGGGCCUCUCUGCGCUCCAUCUGUCCUCCAGUCCACUGGCUCCCUGAUCUCCCUGCUUUUCUUCAGGUUCCCCAGGGUCCUCUCCUCACGUGGAAACUCCUUCCAUCCUUCUCCUUCAUGCCAGAUGGAACGCAGCACACAGCCUCUCCUCUCCUGUCCUCAAGAAAAUGAAUACAUCCUUGAAGUUUCAAGAGAUUUUCCUGCCACCCAGCACAGUGAAGUAGGCCGGAACAAACUUUAGAAGCGCACCAGAAUUCCAAGUUACAGAAUCUUGCAGAAUUUUGACUUUCAUUCUAGAUUUUCUGUUACUGGAAACUCCUUUGCACACUCCUCUGUCUUUUUAAAAUUUUAUAAAUAUUAAUAAAUAAGUUAAAAGUCAAACAAACAAAUAAUAAUGGUUUAAACACACUCAGAGCUUAGUGUGUCUCAUAUCAAAAAGCCCCAGAGCACCCAGUGUUGGGCUGGUGGGCAUCAGAGUUCCAGCUCCCUCCUGUCUUUCUGACUCCUGCGGGCAAGCUUGCCUCCCGGUGCCUACAGGGAUGCUCUGCCAACGCUGAGUGGAUUCUUUUGGAAGCUGCCUGAGGUAUGCAGUGUGUGAAAUCAGAACUAUGGAGUUUCAUCCUGGGUAGAUAGGGAAUUGGAUGUUUUUAAUAAUAACCACUGUAUUCAUGCUUGAAGGGUAGAAUCUAUGCUAUGAUUCUGUGUUAUCCAUUGUCUUUUCCCCUGACAUUUGGUUACCUUUAAGAUUAAUUUGCUCAUAAGAGCAUGGAUUGUUGAUAAUACCUGUAGAUGCCACAUCCCUUUUAACCUGAGAACUUCCUGAAAAUGUGUGUAUCAAUGUAUUGAGCUCUAUCAAAUAAUGAUGAAUAAAAUUAUAAAUUUGCA